AUGGUCGAAGAGGAGGUUAAACGCGGAUUUGGGCCAUUAUUGGCAGUGCUUAGUUCAGAUGGUGUAGAACGAAUUACAGCAAAGAAUAAUUUGACGUUCGCGCAACUCCUCUUACCAUAUGUUGACAUACAGUGUGAAAUAAAGGAUCCAGCCGGUACUUCAGUCUCUACAAGGUUGAUUUUUGAUGUUCGAGAUAUUCGUCGUGAAGGUUUUCUUUUGACGCUUACUGUCUUGCCAUCUGUAUUGCAUGAAAGUGUGCACACGGUAGCUUCGACUUCUGAUGCAACCGUUGCAUUUAGAGAGUCGUUACUUCGAUGGGCUGAGCCUUUUGAACAUGAAUUCUUAAGAACAUACAUAGCUUGUUUAUUUGUCGUUUCAACGAACGAUGCAGAUCCACUUGGUGAACUCUCAAAACUUAUUGAGAUGCAACAUACGCAGCAACAUGGCUCGCCUACAGAAGAAAUUGGACCUGCGUAUUGCGUACAUCCGAAGUGGAUGCUUCCUAACACAUAUAAAUAUUAUAUUCUUGUUCAUGAUAUGUGUACUAAUGGAGAAAAAGAGGCCUCUGACACUUUUGCAUCAAUGUGUUCUACUUAUGGAGUUGAAAAUUGCUACUUUUUGCGGUUAAAUUCGGGGAACGGCGAUGGCAUGAAGGACAUCUGGAAAAAAGAACUGGAACGUAAGAACCGUGGGCUGGAAAGUGGGUUAGCUUUGGCAAGGAAAAAGAUUUUGUCCAAAUCUGCUGGUUCUGUGGAGGAAGAUCAAGAGUCCAAUCAGGAUCAUCCAACUGGAUUGGGUAGUAGCCUCGAAAAUUGCAACUGUUCUUACGUUAAGCAGUACGGUAGUAACCUUAACGCCAGCGAUCGUGAAGAAAUAUCAAAUAUGGUUUUAAAGUUCAAUCAGGAGGCUUUAACACCUUUUGUGGAAAAACAGUUAAGGACGAUGAAUGAGCAAAUAACUGCUAGAAGAGGAAUAAGUCGUUCGCUGACUACAGGUAUGAAGAAGUGGUUUGGUGCAGCUGCUGUUCAGUCUACAAACUCUACUACCAUUUCAUAUUCUAUGGAGAGUAGUGAAAUGCAGAUGAGACGACUUGCCGAUUUAUGUUUUGUUUUCGGUUUAUAUGGGUUUGCCUUUCAGCUUUAUCAGAGUCUCAAGAAAACUUUUGCUGUGGAUCAAGCUUGGCUUCAUCAUGCUGGUGCUCUGGAGAUGGCUGCAAUUACAUUUUUUAUGACAAAUCCACAGAUGCCAGCAAAGCAGUAUUCUCAACAUUAUAUGGAGAAUGCAUUAAAUUAUUAUACCACAACAUGCAUGCGUUUAAUUAUACUUCUUACUCAGGAAAAUGAUUUAUUUGCUGGAAUACUGCUUGAAAGGUGCUCGGUGGCUUUUGGUAAUGCUAAGAUGUUACGGAAGAUGGCUUUUCAUUACGUUCUGGCAGGCGAUCGAUUUUUCAAGGCUACUCAGGAGAUUCUUGCUUUAGAAUGUUACAAAACUGCACUCAGGGAAUAUUCUCAGAAGCGCUGGUUCUUUGCGGAGGACUCAAUAUUAUAUACUUUGGCCAGAGAUAGCAGAAGUCUAGAUUUGGCAUUAGAAUAUUCAGAAGAGUUAUUUCGUCCAACAUCAGUUCAGUGUGAAGAACAGCAGCAGCAGUUUUUUUCAAUAUUUUUAGAAUUAAUGGUUAGACGUUGCGGGCCAAAUAGCGUUUCAUUAACUCUCCCGGUUACAGUAAUAGUUGCGAAACUUGUUUAUGUUGUUUACGGCAAUGUUUCUGAACAAGCAGUUCGAGAACUUGUUGGGGAAGCUUCUGACGUGAAAAUCAUGUUACCGAGUUGGAAUAAUUUGGAAAAGGCUGCUUUUCAAUAUUUCUUUGGUCUGUCAAGGAAAUUUGUUUCCGUACCGUCAGUAACAGACGAGUUUUCGGAUUACUCAGUUACUCGUUUAGCGCGGCUCAAUGAACCUCUUCGAUUGAGAAUAGCACUCUACAAUUUUUUGGGCUUUCCAGUCGCGUUGAAGCAACUCUUUUUAUGUUUGAAAGAAGAUUACGUUGAGUUGGAAAAAUCCAUCGUCGAUGAAGUGGUUUUGAAACCUGAUGAAGAAUGUGUGGAAGUAGAACUAAGUUUAGUACCACGGAAGGAUCUGUCGAGUAUAGUAAUUACUGGCAUUUCUUGUAGUGUUGAGCAUUGUGCAAAGUUGCUGAAUUGUCAAAUUCGGCUGACCAGUGAAUCUCGCAGUUUUUUAGCAAGAAAUAGGAUGUCCAGAAAUAUACAGUGUUGUACUGUACUUUCUGGUACUGUGUCGCUGCCACAUCCUUCAUUUCGGAUUGAGCUUCCUGCUGUUCGUUAUAUAACUGCUUUCUGCGGGCAAAUAUACUCCGUUGAUUUUGAUUUAAUUAAUGAAGGUUAUGUCGCUAUUCAAGAACUUUGCUUGGUCACUAACCGUCCUUCUAUGGUUUCGCUUUAUGAGCUUGUAGUUUCUGCUGAGGGCGAGUUUUCUUGGGAACCUUCUAAUUAUCAGCUUUCAAAGACGGAUCAGAAUAUUCUUAUUUUUCAUCCGAAACUUGGGAUUGUUAAUUCAGGCGAGAGAAAAAAAUUGAGAAUUGCAUUUCGGGCUCCGUCUGAGGAAAUAGCUGGCUAUUCGCUUUCUCUCUUAUUUUAUUGUACUGGUGAUAACGGCAUGUGUAGACAGGAACGUCAUUUGAUUUCUUUUGAUACUCGCCAGUUAUUGGAAGCUUCAAUGAGUUCGAUUGGGGACGCGGGAGACCUGUGCUUAUUACGUGUACGCAAUUUGGUUUCUGAACGUGAUUCUCUUUUAGUGAAAGUUAAACUAUUAGGUGUUCGGUGUAUAAAGCAACCCAGGGGUGCCUGCCCGGGCUUGUGCACUAAACAGAGCAUUUCUUUGAUGCCGUUAAAGCCUCGCGAUGUAAUUCUUGAAUGUGAACAAUCCGACAAUCUCUGCUUCACUGUUGGUGGAGAAAGUCUAUCUCCUGAAUCUAUAGUUUGGCUUGGAACGCCUUUUGACAGCUUUCCUGUCUGGCCUGAAAUCAGUACUCUCUUUCCGCAAUCCUCUAGUGCUAGUGUCUCAAGUUUUGUAUUUCCAAAUAGGUCUUCUUCUUAUUAUGGUGUCUUAUGGAAAGCAGAUAUUGUAAAUAAGGACGGGACAUUAGCUAAUAUUACUGGAGAGACUGUGGUUAGCUUUUGUUGUCAUUUGUUUCCUUGUGAGUCUCUGCCGGAUACUUUAUCGUCUUUGAGUUUAUUCGAGAAAACCGUUUCAAAAAGCAGAAUUGAUGAAGCGUUUACUGAAAGUGGAAGGACACAAUAUGACUCUUCUUCACUGAUGUGCAGUGUCAAAUGUGCCGCAAGUAGUAUUUCACAUGACUUUACCGUGGAAAGGUUUUGUCAUUUGCCGAUCGAGAUAACGGUCAAAAAUAAUGAUAAAGCACAACGCCAUUGUAACUUAGUGCUGCAGUGUUAUAUGCCUGAAGGGAAGGGUAUUUUCAAUUCUUCACAAGGUGAUGGUUGUAGAACAGUCUCUUCCACAGAAUUAUUUGGAUCUUCAUUUAAUUCGUUACAAACUCGGUCGUCAAUUGGGCAACCACUGAUUAUUUCAAAUUGCGUGCGAAAACGGGCCUCACUUUCUUUUGGUUCUAUCCACGUUUUUAGGGUUUGCCUUAGCGUUGCUAUGGCAUCUGUUUAUAAUGUUACUUGUUUUGACCUUACUGCACAGUUUCAAGAUGAUCCAGAGACAGUGCAGAUUUCCUUACCUUUAACUUUUGUUUCUGUGACAGAUAAAAGAGCAAGUGUUAAGAAGCAGAUUACUGUUCCAUAA